AUGAAUUUGAUCGUUCCGGAAGAAGGGGAGACCGUGGUCACUAACGUUUCACGACGCAAGGACGACGUCCUGCGUAUCGUGGUCACGGACGGGACCACGGAAAUGACCCUGGCGUUCCUGCACCGGAUACUGUCCGUCAACUCGUUUGGUCCGGACCAAUCGGUGUUCAUCAGCAUUUACGAAUUCCCAGAAAAGGCAGUGUUUCUGGAGAGCAUCGCGAUCGAACUUACCGCGUUCAGUCCCAAUAUCUUGCAUGGCAUUAAUUACUGUUUCGAUGCUUCGGUUGCUUUCAAAGACGCGGACGUCGUGGUCUGUAUAGGUACAGCAAGGGGGUACAUGUUCACUGAAAAUGAUUACAACGACCUAUUCUUCAAGGACUACGUUCGCGCCGCCAAGUUUUACGGCGAAUGCAUAGAGAAGUACGCGAAAAGGGACGCGAAGAUUAUAGUACUCGGUGGCACGGCUGCCACGAUCAUAUCCCGAUACGCCACGUCCAUUCCUAUCAAGAAUAUAACAGCCCUGUCUAUGUUCAAUAGAAAGAUCGCUGCAGCACAUAUCGCUGCUCGAGCAAACUGUCAUCCGGCAGAUAUUAAGAACAUUAUAAUAUGGGGUUCCAACAACAGGUACAACUUCCCAGAUUGCGGGUACAUGUACUUCGCGGAUGGAAGGCCCCUAACCGACGAGCUAAUAGUGUGGCUAAAAACGGAUCUUCCAGGUAUUCUGCGAAAGAUCACUCACAGACCUAGAUACGUCAGAUCGACAGCGUGCUGUUUGGCGGACCAUUGCGAUAUUUUGUGGAAUGGUACCCCCGAGAACGAGUGGGCCUGCAUGGGGGUAUUGUCCGACCAUUCUUACGGCAUUCGAGCAGGGAUAUUUUUCUCGUACCCCGUAUUCUGUAGAAACGGACAAUACGAAAUCGUGCAAGGCCUCGCUAUCGACGAAUACGUUAAGAGAUACAUCUUGGACUUAAGCAGACUGAUAGCAAGAGACGUCACCGCCGCCAGAGCACUGUGCGAUUAG